AUGGCAUCGCUGCUGAGUCCAUCGGUGGAGGGAGAGGAAUUAUAUUUAUACUUAGCGGUAACCCCGCAUGCCGUGAACUCAGCAUUGAUAAGAGAGGAAGAUAAAGUGCAAAGACCUGUGUACUAUACAAGCAAGGCAUUGAAAGGAGCGGAAGGACGGUAUCCACAAAUGGAGAAAUUAGCCUUCGCAUUGAUCACCGCUUCUAGGAAGCUGAGGCAUUAUUUCCAAGCGCAUGUCAUUAAUGUCAUGACAGAUCAUUCGCUCAAGAAGGCAAUGAAUAGACUGGAAGCUACAGGACGAUUAAUCCAGUGGGCUGUGGAGCUCAGUGAGUUUGAUAUUAGGUAUCAACCAAGGCAUGCCAUAAAAGCUCAAGCCCUAGCAGAUUUUAUUGCAGAGUUUACCCCAAGUCAUAAUGAGACAGAAGACAGUAAGAGAUGGAUCGUCCACGUGGAUGGUUCGUCUACACGGCAUGCAGGAGGAAUUGGUGUGGUCCUGCAAUCGCCAGAAGGAGAUAAACUGAAACAUAAAGUCCGUCUACAGUACCAAGCAACUAACAAUGAAGUCGAAUAUGAAGCCCUCCUCAAAGGGCUAGAAUUGGCUAAGUCUGUGGAAGCCAAGUUCAUAUGUGUCAUGGGGGAUUCUCAACUGAUCAUGGGGCAAGGAGGAGAACUGGAAGCUGAUACUAUAGCAAAAGAAGCCUCAGCAAAUGAAUCAAUAGAGAAGUCAGAUGAAGUUCAAUAUAUGCCAAGUAUAGAUGUCCCGGAAGUACAACAGGUGGAUAACAGAGAAAAUUGGAUGACCCCCAUUAUAUCAUACUUGAAAGACGAACGACUACCAGAAGAGAAGGACGAGGCCAGGAAGGUGAGGGUGAGAUCAGCUAGAUACGUCCUUAUGAAUGAAGUGCUAUACAAGAGAGGUUUCUCUCAGCCUUACCUUAGAUGCUUAGCUCCGGACGAAGCAAACUACGUACUGAGAGAAGUUCAUGAAGGGGCAUGUGGCAAUCAUUCAGGAGCCAGAUCACUUGUCCACAAGGUCGUCUGUGCAGGGUAUUACUGGCCGAACAUGCAAGCUGAUGCUAAAGCAUACGUUAAGGUCUGCGACCAGUGCCAGCGAUUUAGCAACGUCCCUAGGCAACCAUCGGAAUACCUCACCCCAAUGGUGGCACCGUGGCCCUUCGCACAAUGGGGACUGGACAUUUUGGGUCGCUUCCCUUUGGGAAUAAGGCAGAUGAAGUUUUUAGUGGUGGGUAUCGAUUACUUCACCAAAUGGGUGGAAGCAGAACCGUUGGCAAAUAUCACACAACAGAAUGUGAAAAAUUUCGUGUGGAAGAACAUUACUCGGCUUGAGGAGGCAAAUGGAGUAUGGCCAGAUGAAUUACCAGGAGUUUUAUGGGCGUACAGGACCACAGUGAGAACCCCUACAGGGGAGACUCCUUUCAAGUUAGCCUAUGGAAGCGAUGCAGUCAUACCUGCAGAGGUACAUAUGGCUAAUCACAGGGUGAUGAUGUAUCAAGACAAGGAUAAUGAGGACCAGCUUCGUCUGAACCUCGAUCUAAUAGACGAGGUAAGGGCAAACGCAGAACACAGGGCAGCAAAGUACAAGAACCUCAUAGCUAGGCAGUAUGAUGCGAUGGUGAAGCCUAGGCAUUUCAACAUAGGAGAUCUCGUCCUGAGAAAGUUUGAAACUACUAUCUUAUUACUUAUUAUGGUUGUGUUAUGGUUAUGGACGAAGUUAUGA